AAAUAAGUUUGUUUUUGGUAAAUUUUUGUAUUGAUUUAUUAGAAUUUGAGUUUUAUACAAUGGAUUAAAGUAAAACCCGAUCCCAAUAUUUUAAAAAAAAUUGAAUGCGUGAGUGUUUAGUUUACCCGAGGUUGGACCCGGAAUAGAAUAAUGGGUUUCUCGUAUUCCUACGUAGAGGAACAAGUGGCGACUGUAAAUCAAAAGUUUCAGCAGUCUACUUAGAUAAUUUCUUUGAUUCCCAUCACGAAAUUUCACUAGACCCAUGUGGGUCCCUCUUUGGACUGUUUGUUUCCUUGAAUUCUAAGCCUUAAUUUUCUGUUGGGUGGCCUCUGGAUCUAGUUCAAUGCCUGUUUUUGAUGCUCUCUGAUUGCAAAUUCUCUACCAAACCAAUUCGAACUCAGCUCGAUAAGGUAAGAUUUUCUUUCUUCAAGGAGGUGGAAAAGAACUUAUUUUUGUCAUGUUUUCUUUGGAAUUUUUGUGUCCUUUCCGAUUGGAUUUUCUGUUAUAGUCUCCUUUUCCCAAUUCUUGAAUUCGUCUUCAUAAAGCGUUCUUGCUGUAAAGGGUUGAUGGGAUUUUUCAGGCGCGCCAAGAAUCAAGAACACGAGAAAUCAGCGGUGAAUUGGCACUCUUUGAAAUAUAUUUGAGAGAGAGAGAUAAAAAACACGUUUUGUUUUGAUGUAAUUCUAAAUUCUGUGACUUUGUUGAAAAGGGUGCCACCGUAUUUGAUUCUGGCACAAAGGAAUUUUGGCCGUGUAUUGGUCCUUGGCAUGAUGAUUCCCUCUUCUUUUGCUUUACGGAAGAGUGGGAAGAAUUUGAUGGUGUUGUCAUAUCGUUGUUGCUGCCGGACAUUUGAUAAGGACAUGAUAUAUUUCGAGUUUAUUUUUGGUUAAGGUUAGUAGGUAGAUUAAUAUGAGGGCAAGUCAUCGUAGGUAGGAACUCUUGCACAUAUGUUGUGGUAAUGGAUACUUCUGCAGAGCCAUCAUCCUCCAUCAGUUUCACCUCCCCCUCUCGUUUGUCGAAUGGAUCAACAACGAGUAACAAAAUGUAUGCUUCUGGUGGAUCAGAGGCAGGGUUGAAUCUUGAAAUUAUCAGUUUGAGUAAGUUGAGUUGCAAUUUAGGGCAACUGUUGUCUGAAUCCGGUGGUGACUUUAGUGAUGCAGAGAUUGUAGUAGAAGAGACUAGUGUGGGCGUGCACCGGUGUAUUUUAGCUGCCCGGAGCAAAUUUUUCAAUGAUCUGCUUGACAAGGAUAAGGUUCUUGGUGGCAAGGAAGGGAAGCCGAGGUAUUACAUGACAAAUUUGUUGCCUUAUGGCAAGGUUGGAUACGAGGCUUUUGUCAUUUUCUUGAGCUACUUGUACACGGGGAAGCUUAGGCCGUCUCCACUGGAGGUGUCUACGUGUGUUGAUAGUUUAUGUGCUCACGAUGCCUGCAGACCUGCGAUCGACUUUGCUGUAGAAUUGAUGUAUGCAUCUACCAUUUUUCAGGUCUCGGAGCUUGUUUCUCUUUUUCAGCGCCGCCUUGUUAAUUUGGUUGGCAAGGCUAUUGUAGAGGAUGUCAUCCCGAUUCUUACAGUUGCCUUCCAUUGUCAAUUGAGUCAACUCCUCACUGUGUGCAUCCACAGAGUAGCUCAAUCGGACCUUGAGACGAUCUUCAUUGAGAAGAUCCUCCCGUCCAGUGUUGCAGAGGAUAUUAGAUUGCUCCGUCUUAAUUUUCAAGCAGAACAAGAAAAUCAAGCGCCCCCUGUGGAUCCUAUGCUCGAGAAACACAUUAAGAGAAUACACAAGGCAUUGGACUCGGAUGAUAUUGAGCUUGUGAGACUUCUUUUGACCGAGUCUGAUAUAACCUUAGACGAGGCCUGUGCUCUACAUUACUCCGUAGCAUUUUGUGAUCCCAAGAUAGUAUCGGAGGUGCUUAGUCUAGGUCUUGCCGACGUCAACUUAAGGAAUUCACGGGGCUAUACAGUGCUCCAUGUUGCUGCUAGGCGCAAGGAACCAUCAAUUAUAGUGUCACUUCUAACCAAAGGAGCAUCUGCUGCAGAGCCGACAUGUGAUGGGCAGAGUGCUGUCAGUAUUUGUAGGAGACUGGUGAGGCCAAAGGAGUAUCAGAUGAAGCGAGAGAAAGGGCAGGAAGCAAACAAAGACCGGAUAUGCAUAGACGUCUUGGAGAGAGAGAUGCGCAGGAAUCCAACUGCAGCCGACGCGUCUUUCUUGUCCCUUGCAAUGGCUGAUGAUCUGCAUAUGAAAUUGCUCUACUUGGAAGACCGAGUGGCAUUUGCUCGGAUGUUUUUCCCAACCGAAGCUAAGUUAGCUAUGGAAAUCGCGUAUGCUGAGACCACAUCAGACCUUGCUGGCCUUUUGUCAUCAAGAGUUUCGAGUGGGAACUUGAUGGAGGUGGAUUUGAACGAGACACCCAUUUCCCAGAAGAAACGGCUUAUUUCAAAAAUAGAAACCCUCUCUAGAACAGUUGAGUUGGGGCGGCGCUACUUUCCCCAUUGCUCACAGGUGCUGGAUAAGUUCAUGGAAGAUGACUUGCCCGAUGCACUCUACCUUGAGACGGGCACCCCGGAAGAGCAGAAGAUGAAGCGAACGCGCUUCAUGGAGCUCAGAGAUGAGGUUCACAGAGCAUUCAACAAGGACAAAGCUAAGCUUCAUCGCUCUGGGUUUUCCUCCUCAUCUUCUUCUUUCAAAGACUGCAUAACUUACGAAGUAUACAAAAUCUGAAAAAAAAAAAAAAAAUAGUUCUUGCAUUAUUUUCUACUCUUCUAGAGAUGUGUCUUUCCCCAAAUCUUGUAAUAAAUCUUUUUGGAUGCUGCUAUUACUGCAUCAGUUACUAACUUUGAGUUUGUGAAGAUCUGUAAUUUCUAAGAUGUCAGUAAAGUUAUUAAAUGCUA